AUGCGCAAGCAGGUCAUGGGCGAGGCUUUUGUGGCCCAUGCGUUUGCCAACAUGACGCCGUUCACCGAGCCGAUCCAGCAGCACAUCACGCGCAAGGCCUGGGGCGAUGUGUGGCAGCGCGGCACGCUGGACCUGAAAACGCGCAGCCUGAUCACCGUGACCAUGCUGGCGGCGCUGGGCAAGCAGCACGAGCUCAAGGGGCACGUGCGCGGUGCGCUCAACAACGGGGCCACGCCGGCCGAGCUGCAAGAGGUGUUGCUGCAGGUGGCUGUGUACUGCGGCGUGCCCACCGCGGUGGAAGCCUUUCGCACGGCGGCCAGCGUGGUCGACGCCGACCAGCCCUGA